AUGACUUCAAAAUUUGCUGAAAACGAAAGGAAACUUACCGAGACCAGAAUGUCUCAGAUGGAGCGGAAGAUCGAAAAGACGAUGAAGAUGUUAGCAGAUCUCGAUGUUUCUGGAGACGAUACUAAAGAAGCGAAUAGAAAAUUGGUCAAGGACCAAAUUGCCCCACAGAUCCCGAUGUUAAAAGAUUGGAGCUGCUAG